UCGCCACGCCGACCAAUCAGGGGCAGCUCGGUGCCUCUUUCAGGAAGUUAGAGAGCUGUGCCUGGACGACAUAUGUCAAAAAUAAGAAUGUCCUUAACCGUUUUAAAGUCUGCUUACAGACUGAGGUCUCUCUGCAGACUGCAGCGAAUCCAGGGCCACAUGAUGUCGAGUAAGGUGGAAGCAGAGGUUCUUCUGGAGAAAGUGGGCAACGCAGGUGUGAUCACCAUAAACAGACCCAAAGUCCUGAAUGCCCUCAACCUGACCAUGAUCCGGCAGAUCUACCCUCAGCUCAAGAAAUGGGAAAAUGACAAUGAGACUGACAUAAUGAUCAUCAAAGGAGCAGGUGGGAAAGCCUUUUGUGCUGGUGGAGACAUCAGAGCGGUCACAGAAGCGGGGAAAGUUGGAGACUCUCUUGCGGAGGACUUUUUCCGUGAGGAAUACAUUCUCAACAAUGCUAUUGGAGCAUGCAGGAAACCAUAUAUCGCCCUUAUUGAUGGAAUAACAAUGGGAGGGGGUGUAGGUUUGUCAGUUCACGGACGGUUUCGAGUGGCCACUGAGAAGACUCUGUUUGCCAUGCCAGAGACUGCCAUUGGGCUUUUCCCUGACGUGGGAGGUGGCCAUUUUCUGCCGAGGCUCCGGGGGAAGUUGGGACUGUUUCUGGCCUUGACGGGCUUCCGUCUCAAAGGACGUGACGUGCAGAGAGCUGGAGUUGCCACUCACUUUGUAGAGUCUAAGAAGAUCCCAGACCUGGAGAAGGAGCUGGUGGACUUGAAGUCUCCCUCUGCUGAAGACGUCUCCAGAGUGCUAGAUUCCUACCAGAACCAGAGUAGACUGGAUUCUGAGAAGGUUUUUGUCUUGGACAAGCACGUGUCGGAUAUUGACAGGCUGUUCAGCUCCAGCAGCAUGGAGGGCAUCAUGCAGAACCUGAAGGCAGAUGGCUCAGAGUUCGCUAACAAACAAGCGGAGACGCUGUCCAGGAUGUCUCCCACGUCCCUGAAAAUCACCUAUAAGCAGCUGCAGGCGGGUGCAUCUCUGAGCCUGCAGGACGUGUUGGUGAUGGAGUAUCGGCUGAGCCAGGCCUGCAUGAGGGGCUGCGACUUUUAUGAGGGUGUAAGAGCCGUGCUGGUUGACAAGGACCAGAAUCCCAAGUGGAACCCGUCAACACUGGAGGAGGUGUCUGAUCAGACUGUAGACCAGUGCUUCUCCUCGCUGGGAGAGAAAGACCUGACCUUCUGAUGUCUGUCAGCCAACAGCUGCUUCCCACCUUCAAACACGCACCACCAAGCCUUCGCCAAGCCUCCAGUCCCCACAUGCCUCUACAGUUAGUCAUGUGAGAGGAUAGGAGAAAGUCUAUUAUUCUAUGACAAUACAUGGAUAGGUUGUAUACUUAUUAGUCUGACUCCCUACUAUUAAAUACAGUGGUGACAUUUUACAGGAAAAAUCCAGGCUGGUCAGAUUCAUGUUCAUGGCCAGAAGUUGAAAAUAGUAGCAGGAGAGGUAGCUGACAGAUGUCCCGCAUGCAGAAUGUUUAGAGUUGAGGUGCUCUGCAGUGGAAGUGGAAUCUUUGUUUGCAUAAGUGAUAACUCUCUUCUGCUGCAAGUUCAAGGACUCUGCCGCACAGCAGCAUGAACAUGAGGACAUGGGAGGAGAAAAUGAUCUCACCACUGAGUGCUUCAUUACAUUUCCUGUGGCUUGGAUCAGUAUCGUCUGUAUUUCUACAGUGUGGUCACUUGUUGUAAUUGAGAUAAUGUAUUAUCUCUAUUUCUGUAGUUUUGUCUUUUUUCCCCAGUAUGCUUCCCAGUAUUUGUAUUGUUUUAGAUGUAAUGUGGAUUAAAAAAGGAAUUCUCUGACAGAUCCAAACACUCCCCAAGACAAACGGCAGAUAUAGAAGUACAUAAAUAUUUUACUCUGAAUGCAUUUACAUGAUUGUUACAUUGAGCAGUUUGAAAUGUGUGUGAUAUAGUGUGUUUUCAUAAUUAACUUCUGAUGGACAUGUCACUGUUUUUCAGUAGGAGUCAGAUCACCUCCCUAAACAUUAGUUUCCAACAGCUGCAUUAUUUAUGAGCCAGACAGCCAGAUUAGGCAUCGAUGCUGGAACAGAGGGCAAUAAAGAGUUGGUAAUGUAA